CUUUUCUUUAUUUGCUGGGAGGGAAUGGGCCUAACACUUUAUGCAAUUAACUUGUUGUGUGGCCAUCUUUUACCUGCCUACAAAAUCAAAACCGUGAACAGUCAUGGACACGCCCACUUCGUUGCUGUUGAUUUUCUGUUGCUUCUCGUUGCAAAUUGCAGCUACAACUCAAACAGAAAAUGACUACAGCUAUGUGCUUCAGCACUACAAGCGUUUCUGGGAUGACUUGGAUGACGAAGACAUUAAGAGAAUAGGGGUCAAGAUGCGAACUCCAGAUUUUAGUAAGGAUUUCUUCACCCAACCUCUGGAUCACUUUGAAGUCCUGACCACAGAAACAUUCCCCCAACCAUUUUAUGUGGUCGACCAGUACUGGAAGAAGCCGAACGGCCCUGUGUUCCUGUAUAUCGGCGGGGAAUGGAACGUACGUGCGUCAGAAUUUACCAAUGGCAACAUGGUCGAUUUGGCAGAGAAAUAUGGCGCCCUCAUAUUAGCAGUUGAGCAUCGAUUCUACAGGAACUUUGAGAACGCCGAAAGUAUGUCCCUCGAUCAGUUGAACUACCUAUCCAGCCAUCAAGCCCUUGCAGACCUUGCUGCCUUCCGUGAGUUUGCGACCAAGAAGUUUAAUUUGACGGAGAGGAACUUAUGGAUUAGUUUCGGCUGUUCGUACUCAGGAAUGCUGUCGGCCUGGCUCAGGCUUAAGUACCCUCAUUUGAUCCACGGGGCUGUGUCAUCGUCCGGCCCGCUACGGGCAGUGGCGAACUUCAAAGAAUACAACGAGAUAGUCACGACAGCAUUUGGAGACCCCGUGGCGAAAGGUUCUGAGCAGUGUGUGUCUCGCAUCAGGGCAGCAUUCAAAACCUUUCGCAACAAGGUGGAUAACGAACAAUACACCGAGCUUCAGCAAGCGUUCAAUUCCUGUCGCCCUCUGACGAACAUCAACGACAGGAGGUUAUUGGCAAGCACUCUUCAGAACCCAUUCAUGGCUGCCGUACAGUACAACUUACCAGGCUACUUCAAUGUCGAAGCUGUCUGCAACAUAAUGACGAACGAGUCAUAUCCAGAUGCUUUUGAGGCAUUGAGAGCCAUCUAUUUCAAACCAACCUACUGGGACCAAUAUCAAUGUCAGGAUUUUUCAUACGACGGGUACACUAGCUACUAUCGAAACACCUCCCGUGUGACGACUGGUAGACCGUGGCUGUAUCAGACGUGCAGUCAGUAUGGCUUCUACCAAACGUGUGACAGUGACACCAACUGCAUGUUUACGGACCUUUAUGACCUUAACAUCUCGCUCCAGUUUUGUAAGGACGUCUUUGGAAUCGACGGUCCUCAGGUGCUUGGCCACGUCGAUUGGACCAACUCCUUCUAUGGCUCAGAUAUGCCAUGGGGCUCUAGGAUAGUGUUUGCAAACGGCGACCUGGACCCCUGGCACGCGCUCGGUGUCAAAAAUGAUCUGAGCGAUUCCAUGAAGUCCAUCAUGAUCAGAGGAGGUGCGCAUUGCCAGGACAUAGUGCCGGUCACGAGUUACGAUUCAGAUGCCCUCAAAGCUGGAAGAACUGCCAUCGAGAAUGAAGUCAAAAAGUGGUUGGAGAAUCCCGGGCUGUACCAAGACCCUGACUGCCCGUCUACUGGGGGCGUGGGGCACCCCUUCCAUCUUACCCUGCUGGUGGUUGGACUUCUUGGCGGUUGCUUAAAGCACUAAUUUUCACGAUGUCGUGAUAAGUUGUGAUUGGAAGUUGGAGAUUAGAUUUGGUUGUCUACAAUUUGCUUACUGUACCAUUAAAAAAUCUCCUUCGUUACUAAUUUCCCCCUCCGUUUGAGUCUAAGGUUGGCUUUUAGUCUUAGUUUAUAGAAGCUGGUUUUAAUAGGCCUAUUGCCCUAGAAAUCGAAUCAGCCUAGUACGAUUUGGCAAACGGAUUCCUCAAUCUGUCUCCAGUGGAUGUAUAUAUCUGUAUGAAACAAAUAUAGAUGGCGACAAAUCUUAAAACACGUUGAAGUGUUUGCUUAAGGCAUUUACAGGUAGUCUGCAAAAUCAAAAUCACUGUACUGUCUUCAGGUGAGGUCAGUCAUUGAUUGUAUUCACACACCAAAUUUCCAGCGCUUCUAAAAUUUUAUUUGAGCUUUUGAAGUGAUCAUAAAAUGAAUAUGUAAUUGAAUUCCCAUGAAUGAGUAUUUUCUUGACAGUACUGACUAAUAAUCAGAUGAUAACCACUGUACAAAAAUGUUAUUGAAUAUAAUUAUUUUACUCCUCAACAGGUCUUGUAACGUUAACAAAAAAAGGAGAAGCAAAACCGCAAAAAUGUUUACCGUCCAUCUAAAUCCAUUAUCAACUGUGAAAUGUUUAUCCAUGAGGGAAAUAAAUUCCCUUGAAGGAAAAUAAUAAUCGGUAAAAUGAGGCAUAUACAUAUACUAACAAUUUUAUGUCUACAUGUUUGUGUUAUCUGUUCACUAAAAACACAUACUGACUCGUGCAUAUAACUGACGUUCUUUUAACUAUAUAACUUGUAAAAAUUGAGGUAUACAGGUCUGCGGUUGACAUGGGUGGACCUUUGUCUCUGUUUAACUGUUCCUAGUGAGCCUAGUUGCCAUGAAAACACGACGCGAAGAAUGUUGAGCUAGUCAGCUUCAACUCAAAUUGCCAACUGUUGCAUUUGGGCUGGAGGUUGUAGACACAGGCUCAAUACUGCUACCAUCCGUUGGGGUUUGGCCCUGAGGACGUUGGUUUCUCGUCAACGGGCACGUGACCCAUCUGCAGGCGUCAUCGCGGCCACCACAAUGGCGGGAACACGUCAUCAGCCGCACCACCUGAAACUGGUUCUCGUGAUGCAACACGCAGCCAUCACCAAAGAGCGCCCUCUUUACAUCGCCAAAGCAGUAUCUCCGCGGGUCGUUACGGCGGCCAUGGCAUUUGACGAUCUUGGUGAAGGGCAGGGCGCCCCGUCCAAAGUGAAAGGGAAAAGUUAAUGACUGGCAGUCAGUGGAAAAAAUGGAUAAGUACCUACACCAUUCAAUACCUGCACCAGCAACUGUCAUUCUAUUACCUUUCGACAUAAUUUUUAUCAUGAAUGUUAUCUUUAACUCUACAAACAACUGUUUUAUUUUGGCAAUGUCGGUAUCAACAAAUUGGUUUCAUUGUUUCACACUGCUGAUUUACAGAUUUCAUCGGCAUGUAUUUCAAUCGUGUAAUAAGCUUCACAAAGUACAGGUUUCGGGUCUGAUGUGGAGAAAGUUCCUGAAUGUUAUUGUCCUGCAUUGUGCCAUCCAGUAUCACAUCAGCUAUUCAAGUUCCCUCUCACUACUCAAAUGGCUGUUAAUCGUGAAAUUAAAUUUUGCCGAGGGAAACACGGCAAACUUUGAAUUU